UACUGAGUAGUUUCGUUGCCACGGUAACUGCAGGUAGCGGUUGCCGAUAUGGACCCGAUAGAUCUGGAAUUAUCGGUCACACCGGAGGAACUUUGCCGUACCUGUUUGGCCGCGGUCGAUCGAAACCAACUGAAACCGAUCUUUUGCAGCGAAAUCUUGGACGGCAAAAUCGUACCCUUUCCAAAAGUGAUUGAAUUGGCUACAGGAGAACAGUUGAUCCGAGAUGAGAAACUACCGAACGGCGUCUGCGGGGACUGCAAACGCAAAUUGCGUGAUCUGUACAUUUUUAUCACAAAGGUCCGUAAUUCGAAAGAUCUGCUGUACGACAUCUUCAAUGUGGCCAAGCCGGCGCCACAGGCAAACGAAGGUGGCGCCGAUGCAACGCCAAAGAUAGUCAAAAAGUGUGCCGAGGUGCAAACGGAUGCUAUCGAGUUGGAGCGGAAGUUCCGGAACGCCCCACAGCUGGUAGAGGCCGGAACACAAUGUGGCGAUAUUUUUGCAGGACGAGUUCCGCCGGCGGUCUGCGAUAUGCAAACACAAACCAACGAGGAACUCAAGUCGCCGAAAAACAAUGAUAUCUCAGCAAACCCAGUGACCCCAGCAAACAGAGAUUGCGCUGAAUCCACACCAAACCUAGAAUCAGAGUCUGACCAUCGGCUGGAACUGGUCCAAACGUUCGCAGGAGAAGAAAUCGCUCUGAAUGAUAUCGAUGAUCAAGAUUGUGUGUCCGAGUUCGAAGUGCAGCUCGUCACUCAUGUAUCGUCCGGUGCAGAGGAGUCCAAUACGUUAAGGCCGGAUAAGACAUUACUUAAAUCAUCGAAAUCCUGUGGCGAACAAUCGUCCCCCGAAGAGGAGCAGCUAGACAGUGCAGACGGCAGCGCUGUGGUGCUGAAAAAUUGCGCCGAAAAGGGGCAAAAGCAUGAAUCGUGCCUCUACUGUAACUACACGGCACGGGCUGCUACGUUUGCGAAGCACUUUCUCGUUCACCAGCAAACAUUGGAACUGUGUUUCGAGUCCAUCGAUUAUUUUCGCUGUGGCAACUGUUUCACCGUGUUCAUGUCCCAGGAACACAUGGAGGAUCACUUUGAGGGCAGCUGUUCGCGCGUACAAUCCAAUAAUAUUAUAGAACACAAGGAUUUGAGCAAGCACGAGUCGUUUUAUCAGAAUGGGCUGGAUGUGUGUAUACCAAAGCUCAAGACAUUCACCGGCACCGGUGAUGGGAUAUAUCGCUGCUUCCGGUGCACGACCAUAGUGGAUGAUUUCGAUGCGAUGUGUGCGCACUGCACUGAACACGAUCUUGUCGACGACCAGACGAACGACGUCGAACAGGUGUGGAAAACGAACAAGUUCGAUAUGGUGCACAUAUGUGGUAUGUGCGGGGUCCAAUUUUCGGAUGCCAUGUUUAUCCGGCAGCAUGUCUACUUUCACCAAACCUCCUACUUCUGCAUGUACAACUGUGGGCAAGUUUGCGACGAUUUUGGCCGUCUGACGAAACACCUGCAGACGAAGCAUUUAUCGGUUCCGCUGGCACAACCGUCGGGAAAUAGUGGAACCGACGAGCAGCAAAAUGCCGCACAGGACUUUAGUUGCGAUCAGUGCAAGAAAGUGUUGCGGAGUGCGGUUUCGCUGAGAAUGCAUGUGAAAAACCAUAACCGAGAACGCAAGUUCGCCUGCAGCAUCUGCCCCAAACGGUUCACGCAGAAAGGCGACCUGAAGACGCACCUGCGGACUCACACGAAUGAGCGACCGUACCAGUGUUGCGUGUGCGACAAAACGUUCCGCACAAUAAGCCACCGAAGUGACCACAUGUCGACGCACGCCGAGGAGAACAAGUUCGAAUGUGAGGUUUGCCACAAGAAGUUUAAGGCUGCCCGCAUUCUGGCUGGCCAUCGUCAGCUACACACCGGCGUAAGACCGUACUCUUGCAACACGUGCUCCAAAACGUUCGCUCGAAAGCACCACUUGAAGCAACACUCGCAGGUACACAGCAAACGGUGAACACGGUGAAGACCGCAAUACGGUCGUAAAAAAAUACUAGAUACUUGUUGAAAAAUUAAGUAGAACAGUUACUGUACAAAUGGACUUGAGAUAGAUAUUACCUCGUAAGUAAGUAUCGGAACAAAUAAAACCCACGAAU